AUGUCCGUCGCUAUCACUACCUCGUCGGCCUCAACUCUCCUCCAUGAAGAGCCAAUUGCCUCCCCCAAUGCCUGCGGCGUGGGCCUAGAACUCGAUCAGGCCUCCGUGAGCUGCGUCCUCAAGCAGGAAGCCAUUUCUGUCACUCUCAAUGGCCCCGCCAUCUUCACAUUGUCUAUGACUCUGGCUCUCAUCAUCCACUUCUUCGAACCUAGGAUCGCCGAGACCCUUCUUGUCAUCAUCCCCAUCCUGCUGCUCGUGCGGAACGACUACCACAACUUCCUCGGCCUCGGACCGGGCGGCACACCGGCCACGUUCCAGGGCUACGUUCGAAUAGCCUGGCUGCGGCUCUGGGCACUCCGAGACCCCUUUACGGCGCCCGAGGCGAGGCCAAACAUCCUCCCGAAGCGAGGCAUCCUCCGCCAGGAUGGAGACCUCACCCGACUACCAUAUCGUCCCGGUCCCCGGCCCCAGGUCGCCGGCAUCGCGCCGCAGAGGCAGCUGGAUCAGCAUGGCACGGUGCCGCACUACCACGCCCUCCGCAAGACGUUGCAGAAGCUCGCGGCCGCGAACCCGGGAACAUUCGGUACCGCGAGGUCCUGUCUCGAGAAGCACGGCCUGGCACUGUUUGCGCGGCACCCCGUCAACGUUACGUGCAACGGCGAGGUUUGCCACGUCCACGACUCGGACCACAGCUUGCACAUGAACCUCCAUCCCGAAGACAUUCGAGAGGUGCUGGCCAAGGGCUGGGGCCAGCGGCAUCCGUUGGCGUGGAAGGGGACGUUGGUGAGGAUGCCCGUGCCGGAAGAGUUCGUCAUGGUAUAUGCUCCGCGAGAUGACCACGAGUUGAGAAUCGUGUGCAAGAUCAUUGAGGCGGCUAUAUGGUACGUCGUUUCCGAGCGAACAGACAUCCAAGCCGAGAGGGCCGCUUGA